AUGAGGAGAGAGUGCGCGCUCAGGCCGAGAGAAGGUCGGACCUGGAAAGGGCGGACCAUCGCAGAUUCGCGGGGGGUGAAGCGGCCUGACAGAACCUACGGCCGGAUAAGGCAUAGGUGACUAAGAAACGACUCGCGCCUUCGCCCGCGCACCCACGCCCAGCAGCCAAAUCCCCGGUGGUUGACCUAGCCCCCAUCGAUGUCGUCCGAGCAGAGCGCUCCAUACUCAUCCUCCAUGGCGGCUGAACCGAGCGCCCCCUAUCCAAGGCCUCGAGGCCUCAACUCUGCUUCAAACCCGCCCGCCUCCUUCACCAGCGGUCUUCUCGCGGGCCUCACAGUUCGCAUAGAGAUCGAGGAAACACAGAAGGCUGAUCUCGGUCGCAAAUAUGCACGCAAAGACAAGCGGCCGCUCGACCCCCCUCCCGUCGUCAUCUGCAGCUUUACCAACGUUACCAGCCAUGACGCACCAGGCUUUCAACACCCUCUCCCCAUUGAGACCGCGACCUACGGCGCUGUCUGUCACGUCGAUCUCUUCCCUGUGCCGCCCGAUUAUCAGGACUACGUGCCCGCCAAAGCAUCGUCAUCAUGGCCCCUACCUUCUGUCUCUCUUCCCCUCCAACGCCUCACAGACGGCAUACUGCCAUCCACGCACGGAGCUUCAAGUUCCAGCCUCCCUCCUCCCUCGGCCAUCAUGCAGGGUCUAUUACCGCCAAUGCCGGUUCCAGAGGGUUACGUCCCCUUCCAACCUGCUACAACUGGCAGGUACCCUGAAGGGCCAUCAUCACAAUACUCCAGCCCCAUGGUCGCCGGCCACGGCCAGGGUUCAAUGCUCCCUGGUAGCGAGAAGUGCAGCCACAUGCUCGCGGGCGCAACAUUCGUGCAGGCUGAGAUAGUCGACUACAAUGGCAAGAAGGAGGCUAUGUUCGUCUUUUCUGACCUCGCCGUCAAAGUCGAGGGCACGUUCGUGCUGCGCUACCGCACAAUGAACCUCACCUCCCAAACUGGCACUUCCCGUCCAUUCCGCGUCCUCGCGGAGUGCUUCGGCGGGUCUUUCAAGGUAUACUCCACCAAAGAGUUUCCCGGGCUGCCUCCCUCGACCGCGCUCACAAAGCUCCUCUCGAUGUACGGCAUCCGCGUGAACAUGCGCGAAAACGAGCGCAAGCGCCGCACGAAGUCUGAGAUAGACGCGGAGGCUGAGCGCGGCGAGGCACUCGCGCCCGCGCCCGCGCGGCUCGGCGGCACUACGCUCGAACUCGCCACGCUCCACGGCGCGGGCCCGUCGUCCCCGACGCGCGCCGCACAGUACUCGCCCACGAGCACGACCUCUGUCGCAUCCUCCUCCGCGUCUGGGCCGUAUGCUCGCACGCGGGGGCGCGGGAUGUCGCGCGGGUCUGCCCAUGGCAUGUACCUGGAUGACCGGGACGCGGACUACUGA